UGUGUGUGUAUGUAUGUGUGUGCACGCGCGCGUAUGUGUGCGUGUGUGUGUUUGUAUGUGUAUAGUUAGUAGGAUAAGGGCGCCUGUAAGCUCUCCGUAUGACGAAACAAGCACGGCUGUGUGGGGAUACAUAUAUGACAAGUAGUAGCAGCAGCAGCAGCAGCAGCAGCAGCAGCAGCAGCAGUAGUACGUGUAAUCAUACAACGAUAGAGCGAAGGGUCCACCGAUCUAUUUUUUAUAUGCGAAUUUAAAAUGGAUGCCUACUACCGAUACGAUCCGACUGCCCCUCGGGGGAUGGGCCCACCGGGUAGUAAUGCCGGUGGACCGUAUGCGCGGCAUCGAGCCCCACACCCGAUGCAGCAGCAGCAACCGCCACCGCAGUCGCAGUAUCCCUCCUACCAUCAGCCUGCUGGUACCGAUUCGAUGUACUCGAUGCCGGACCACAGUGCCGCCGGUAUGGCCGGAAUGGGUGACGUGGUUUGGGGGGCACAGCCUCCACCGCCACCGCAAGCCAAUCCGUAUGCGUCCCCGAUGGGCUACGGUCUCCCACAAGGACCACCGCAGGGACCAGCGCAACGCCAAACGCCUACUGGAUACCGGCAGCACAUGGGAGGAUACCCGCAACAGGACCCACAAAAGCUGCAAUAUCCCACGCAGCAAUCGAUGAUGGGCGGUAUGAUGCCACCUCAGCAGGGUUACGGCUCCUUGGGUCAACCCCAGCAGCAGCAGCAGCAGCAACAACAGCAGCAACAACAACCUCCCCAGCAACAGCAGCCCCAGCAGCAACAACAGCAGCAGCAGGCUCAGCAGCGCGUUUCGCAACACUAUCCUCAGCCGGGCCACUCCAUGUACCCGGGCGCACCGUCCGCGGCACAGUCCGCGUACGGUGCGUACGGUCCUGCUGCAGCGGCCAUGCAGCAGCACGCGGCACGUUCCGCCCAACACGUUUACAACCAGCAUCAGCUGGACCCGAGCGGUGGCUACGGGCAGCAUCUCGUCAGUGGUGGUCAGGUACCCACAAGCCUGCAUCAACUCGGUGCGCCUCAACAGCAACCGCCCGGUGGUGGUGGUGUCGUACCGGGAGGACUAGCUCCGACGCAUCCGUCGCAGCAACCCUCCCAUCUGCCACCGCAAUCCCAGCAGCAACAGCAGCUCCAUCAAGGCCACAACAAUCAGCAGCAGCAGCAUCCGGGGCUGUCGAAUCUGGGCGGUGGUCCACAAUCAUCUCAGCAGCAACAGGGUCAGCAUCCGGGUAUGGUACACCCGGGAGCCCAGCAGCCAAAUGCACCCGGUGCCGGACUGCAUGGGCUUGGUGGACCGCUCGGGGUACCGCAGCAGCAACAACAGCAUCCGAUGUCGCACGGUGCCGGCAUGCCAGGUGUUCCCGGAGGAGGAGGUGGUGGAGCAGGCGGACCGGGUGGUGGUGGAUACGGUGCAAGUGCACCGCAGCAACAAUCGUACCUGCCGAACGCUGCGUCGAAACAACAGCCAACCCAGCACGGUGGAAGCCCCCAGUAUCGGGCCCCGUUUCCUCAGCUCUCCCCCCAAAUGUCACCUCGUCCACCGCAAAUGUCUCCCCACACGCAGAUGUCACCGCGUCCGGUAAUGUCGCCAGCGAAGCCACCGGGUGGUGGACCGCCGGUCGUCACAUCGCAGUCACCCCAGGCCACGAUAACUUCCACCCAUUCGCCCCAUCUCGGUGCGGGGAUAGUGGCCGGCAGUGGUGGUAUGCAGAGUCCUCGACCACAGUCCGGUACGAAGCUGACAGCGUCUAGCUCGGGUGGUAGCGUAGUAAGUGGUCCUGGUGCUGGUGUAAACACGACACUGCAAGCGCUGGAACAGAUGGUAAUGCCACCGUCCGGUGCGACGGGUAUGGAGUAUGCGCAAGCAGCGGCGGCAGCGGCAGCAGCAGCAGCCGCGGCAGCUGCCUAUCGAGGUGGUCCACCGACACAUCAACAGCAGCAACAGAUGGGCGCAAACAAUCCACUGUCACCGCUUGGCCCGCGGCUACCGAUGUCACCCCAGCAUCAGCACCAGCACCAGCAGCAACACCAGCAGUGGCCUCCGAUGGCCGCCGUUCAACAGCAGCAGCGUCCUGGUAGUGGUGGCAUCAAUGGUAGCGCACAUCACGGAAUGGCAGGCUCUAUUGCACCACCGGGCAGUCAUAUGCCACCGAUGCAUGCACCCCAUGCGCCACCCCACUUACAUCCGGGCGCACAUGGGCCGCCUCCAUCGCAUGCUCAGCAACAGCAGAUUAGUCAGCUGAACGACAUUUCCAGCCUAAUACCGCCAGUGUCGCAAACCAGCAUGCCUGUGAUACCGCCACCACCCUCAGCAACAGGACCGCCAGGUCCGCAGGCUUAUGGCAGUUUAGACGAUAAAGGACAGCAUGGCGUUGUUGGUGGUGUAGAUGUCGCUACCUCGGUAGCAAACGUUCAGCAGCAGCAGCAGCAGCAACAACAGCCGGUACAUAGUCUGCAUCAGCCGCACCUUUCGACCGGGGCACAAGCACCUCAACAACCAAACACCCAAAUGUCCGCCAUGCAGCAGCAAAUGCAACAGCAGCAGAUGCUAACCCAACUCCAACCGGGAUCACAUCUUCCUCCACCAUCGGCGGGUCAACAUCAUGGUCCCGGUGGCGGUGGUCCGCAGCAGCAACAACACCAGCAGCAACCUACGAUGCAUCACAGCACACUGGCAGCGAUGCAACCGGCCAGCGGACAUGGCGGCGGAAGUUUGUCGCAUUCGAUCUCGCAGCAGCUUCACUCGCCGUCAUUUAAUGACGAGAUGCUGAUGUCGCCAAGCGGCCCAAAUCAGCAUUUACAGAGUGUGAACAAUAGUAUGUCGCAGCAGCAACAACAACAAUCUCAACAAAUGCAACAACAGUCAAAACAGCAAGCGAAUCAGCAGCAAGGUGGUGCUGGUGGUUCUUCACUGAACGAUCUACCCUCGAUGCAGCAUGGCCAUUCUCAUCAACAACAUGGGCAUCCGCAUCAGCAGGGAGUUGUUGAGCUGCCGCCGAUAUCUUCGAUUACAGAUCAGCAACAGCAGCAGCAUCAUAUGCAUCAUCAUCAUUUACACCACCAUCAUCAGCAUCAGCAACAGCAACAACAGCAACACCAGCAGCAACAGCAUCAUCAACAUCAUCAUCAUCAACAGCAACAACAACAACAACAACAGCAGCAACAACAACAUCAGUCUCAGGCGCAACAUCAUCAACAGUCAGCUGGAAUGGUGGAUCCCGUUGCAGAUCAGCAACAGCAUCAUCAUCACCAACAGCAACAACAGCAGUCUCAGCAACAGUCUCAGCAGCAGCAACAGCAGCAGCAGCAGCAGCAGCAACAGCAGAUGCAACAUCACCAUCAGCAACAACAACAACAACACCACCAGCAAGUAUCCGUACCUCCAUCGUCGGAUUUCAGCCUCAUCGAUAGCUUAGCUUCGAGCAAUGCGAAUGAAGCUCCCACCAGUCUAGGGCCUUCGAUGUUGAGUAAUAGUGGCGGCACUGGACCUUCUUCGGUGUAUGCGCAUGACGCUACGCUUACUCCACUGGUACCGAGUGGUGCCGAGGUGAUUGACACCCGCCAGCAACAGCAGUCCCAUCAGCAACACCAGCAAAACUCACUUUCGGCCGAACAGGCAACGACUGGAAGUAGCAGCAGUAAUGAAGAAUCUCGCGACAGUAUCGUGCCUGCACCGGCCGAAUCAAACACGGACGAAUCGAAGUCGUCUAAUUCGAACUCGCUCAUGUCCGGUACGGACUUUGAGGCGCUCCAUCACCACCAGCAGCAGCAGCAGCAAAACUCUGGCACAGCAGGAAUGCUUGGUCUUGGUCAGGAUAAUCUGCAAGGAGGUGGUGGUGGUGUGUUGGAUGAUUCUAUGAAGGAUUCAUCCUCCGCCAUGGGAGACGGUUCGUCAUUGUUGGAUUCGGCAAAGCAAGCGGGUGAGGAUACGCUCGGUGGAUACCAUUCUGAUGGAAGUAUGCUCCAACCGAGUGGGAACACGGAAACAUCUGUAAUGGAUCAGCAGCAAAUGUUGCUUGACUCAGUGGCGUCCGAUGUGGUAGCUCCGGCAGGAUUAACGGAUCUACAGGCGCCGGAAGUGACGACUGCAACCAAGAGUCCUAAUGAGCCGCUCGUGCCGACAUCCACCACAACUGCCGUGAGUGAUAGUACGAUAUCACCCGGCGGAGAACCAAUCAUCUCGACGAGCAGCGGUAGCGGCGGACUCAUGCCUGGUGUUGGUGGACAACCAACGACUGUUACUGGUUCGUCGGCGGCGGCUACCUAUGCGCAAACGUUGAGUGGUCAGAUGCCACAAACAAUGGCUGGUACUGCAGCACCACCUGGCUCGACAAUGUAUGGAAUGCAUCAGGUCGGUGGAACGAUGUUGCAACAGCAGCAGCAACAACAACAGCUACAAGGCGUACCACCAGUACCAACAGCGGGAGGUGACAUGAUGGUUCCACCGCCACCGCCACCCUAUCAAACACCACCAAUGAUGUCGCACAGCCAGGAACGGGCCGCAAUCAAGCAGCAGAUGCAGGACAUGUACAAACUUCCGAUGGCGGACAAUCAGGAGAAGAUGAUGCGCCUACAAGAGCGGCUUGCAAUGUUGCAACAGCACGAAGCAGCAGACGGUUGCCAGGGUCUUGGUCCACAACCCUGUCUGCUGAUGCAACCACCACACCACCAGCUAUAUCCGGUCGCACCUACGAUGACAUCAGCCGCAGCAGCUGCUGCAGCAGCGAUGAUCGAUAGUCCACAGGUGACGAGCACAACAGGGCGCGGACGAGGUCGAACGCCCUCAAGCAAACCACGUAAGCCACGGGCCAAGAAAGGUGAUAAACAGCAGGGCGGCCAACAAGAAGCGGCAGCAGCCGCAACAGCAACCGUGGUAGGACAGACGGGAUUGAUUACGUCGGGCGAUGAAACAUCGCAAUCGAAUGUGGUUGCACCGUUGUUUUCGACGACAGCUGCUGCUGCAGUCACAGGCAUCACAACACCCACUCCAACAACUCUGCUACCCGUAUCGGAAGACUCCGUUACAGCUGGAACAGGGCUGCCGGAAGCCAGUCCCGAUGGAAGCAGUUUCCACGAGCUAAUGUCUCUGGAGAGCAGUGGUGGCGGUGGUGGAAUCGGAGCUACCGGUGGUGAUAUCUCGCAGGACAAUCUAUCCUGCAGUGGUACCGGUGAUCUGGACACAUCGACCGAUGCCAGUGGUAAAAAGAUCAAGAAACCACGAAAGCCACGCGAGCCGAAGAAACCGGCCAAGGGUGACGGGGUGAAGGAAUCGGCCACACCGAAAAAGGAAAGCAAAAAGAAAGAAUCGAAGGAAAGCAAGAAAAAGAAGAAGAAGAGUGUGGCUUCGAGCGAUGGAGAUAAUUCGCUGUCGAUGGAGGAUGAACUUCCGGACGGUGGGAUUACUGCUGAGCUGGAACAUUCCAAAUCUGGUACGAACACGAGCGAAACGGACGAGAAUCAAUCGUUGGCAUCGUUGAUGAAUGCACAGAACUCGAAUGACGCUAAUGCUGCGGCUCCGAGCAGUGCGACGACCGGUGAGAGUGGUAUGGAAGAGGGUAAGGAUUCCGUAACGGCAAGCAGCGUAGUUGAGUCAACCGGAAGGGAAGAUGGCGAUGCGACAUCAUCCAACGUGGCUGUUGAUGGUGAAGAAAAGGAAGUUGAGAAAAUGGCCUCCAAAAAGGAGGAACAGGAAGGAGAAGGUGCAGUUGAUGAUGGAGAAGAACAGUCACCGAAGGGUGCAAUCACUACCACGACUGAAGCAAAUGAAGGUGGUAGUAAUGCGGUCCCAAUCGAUGAAGUAACGGACUUUGACGAUAUCCCCGUGUCGAAGAUAAGCAAAAGCGAAUUGACGAAGGAUGAGGACCAGGAAAAGAAGAAGGACGCUCCCGAAGAAGGUGCUGCAGCAGUCGAAGCGGAACCGGAAACUCCGACCAAAAGCAAAAGCAAGAAGAGUAGUAAAAAGAGCAAAGAACCUGGCAAUUCGGAAGGUGGUAGCAGCAGCAGUAGUCGAAAUCGUAGUCGCCCGAGCGGUGGUGGUAGUUCUUCGUCGCGUCGCAGCGGUGGCAGUAAAUCGAGCGGUGGAGGAUCGAAGAGUAGAUCACGUCGAAGUCGCAUGAUCGUGACCGAGUCGGAUGGUGAAGGUGAUGAUUUGCUAAGCACGCCGCCACCAUCACCUCCACCGGAUACGGAAGCGGACAGUUCGAAGCGACGAUCGGCCCGUAACACACAGCGCAAGAAGUACGUUGACGAUGUGAUGUUACGCUUUUCUGAUGAUGAGUCAGGAAUUAUUUCACCAACACCCACCGGCAGUCGUAAGGAUCGCCGUUCCGAUGGUGGUUCGGACCGUAAGGAAGGUGUGGCACUGACGGAUGCUUCGCUUGCUAGUGGUGCUAGUGGCGAAGCAGGUGUAGCAGCUCCGGAUGGAUCGGUAACUGGUGCCAGUGGUGAUGCAGGAAGCGGCGCUGCAGCUGGAGCCGGAGGUGAGCUUGCGACGGAUGAAAACAAAGUGAGCACAUCUGAGGCAGCUAAAUUGGCACCGGGAGCAACGGCAGAGCUUGGUCCCGAUGGGAAGCCAUUGGAUGAUGCAUCGAAACCUAAUGCGAAUUAUGUGUAUGUCAACACAUCGGAGGAAGAUUCGAUGGUGGUACAGUAUGUGCUGGCAGUCCGCAAAGGACGGCGAGAGCUUAAACCAGACCCUCCUCCACCUCCACCAAAGGAGAAAACUCCCGAACCCGUUGAGGGAGCUUCAGGAGAUGCAGUAAAAACCGAACCGAAGGAUGGAGCGGAGGAUACUGUAAAUGGUGAAAGUAAUGAAGCCGCUGCCACUACAACAGAUGCGGUGGUGAAGGAAGAAAAUGAAGACCUUGCAGAGAGUGACAAAGAGAAGGAAAAGGAACCAGCGGUUGACUCCAAAGGUGAUGGUGCGGUUGAUCACAAAAGCGAAAAUAUGGAAGAUACAUCUACGGCUUGUGACGCAGUUCCGAUGGACACGGAUGUAGAAACCACUUCUAAUGCAGAAAAGACCUCCGUUAAUGCCAUAACGGCUGACAAGAGCUCCGAAAACGAAUUAACUGCUGCUGAGAUCUCCAAAACCGAAGAAAAGAUGGAAACGGAUGAACAGCAGGAAACUGAAAAGAACAGUUCAUCCGAAGGUGCUGAAGAUAAACCGGCUGCAGCAGAAACUGAGCCACAAGAUAAUGAGCCUACGGAUGUACCGAAGGAAAGCGCGGAGACUGGCGAAGAAGAAACUACUAAAGUUGCAUUAGAAGAUACCGAUAAAGUGGAAGAAAAAGCUUCAUCCGACAAACCAAAUGACGGAGAAACAUCGCAAGAACAACCCUUCGCUGAUGUCCAAGGUGAGGCUAAAAAACAGUCGACCGAGGAAAAACCUGCAAGCGAUGCAGAAAAGAUGGAAGUGGAUGAAGUUCCAUCCGCAGUCACUGAAAGCAAACUGGGCGAUAGUUCCACUGAAGUUGUCAAGAAGGAAGAAACAUCUGAUGCAGCUGAAGCCAACACCGAAGCGAAGAGCACCGAAAUCGUCAAGAAAGAGGAAGAUGAAAGUGUAGCAACGGAAGAGGAAAAGAAACCCGAACCAGUGUACAUCGACGUAGAAGAGUACUUCGUGAAGUAUCGCAACUUCUCUUACCUGCACUGCGAUUGGCGUACCGAGGAUGAGCUGCUGAAGGGUGAUAAACGCGUUGGCAAUAAAAUCAAGCGUUUCUUGAUGAAGCAACAGCAGCAGCUAAACAUUUUCGAGAGUCUGGACGAAGAACCGUUUAAUCCGGACUUUGUUGAGGUCGAUCGGGUGCUGGAUGUGUCGGAGCUGGUGGAUGAUGAGGGCAAAACGGUGAAACACUAUCUAGUGAAGUGGAAGAGCUUACCGUACGAAGACAGCACUUGGGAGCUGGAAGAUGAUGUCGAUCAGCUGAAGAUUGAGCAGUACUAUAAGUUUAACAAAAUUCCACCGAAGAGUGAGUGGAAAACGAAGAAACGACCACAUCCGGACCAGUGGAAGGCGCUGCCGGAAUCACCCACGUAUAAGGGUGGCAACAAGUUGCGGCCAUAUCAGCUGGAAGGUUUAAACUGGUUGCGGUACUCAUGGUACAAGGGCAACAACUGUAUACUGGCCGAUGAGAUGGGUCUCGGUAAGACAAUCCAGAGUUUAACAUUUGUUAAUUCCGUAUACGAGUAUGGAAUACGGGGGCCGUUUUUGGUGAUUGCACCACUUUCGACCAUUCCGAACUGGCAGCGUGAGUUCGAAGGAUGGACGGAGAUGAAUGUGAUCGUGUACCAUGGAUCGGCGACGAGUCGGCAAAUGAUACAGGACUACGAGGUGUACUAUCGAACGGAGACGGGAAAGCUUAUCCGGGACAUUACCAAGUUCAACGUGCUCAUCACAACGUUCGAAAUGAUCGUCACGGAUUAUCAGGAUCUGAAGAACUUUACAUGGCGUGCUUGUGUGAUUGAUGAAGCGCAUCGUUUGAAGAACCGAAACUGUAAGCUACUGGAAGGACUACGACAGCUCAAUCUAGAACAUCGUGUGUUGCUUUCCGGCACACCGCUACAGAACAACGUAAACGAACUGUUCUCGCUGCUUAACUUCCUCGAACCGAGUCAGUUUGCUUGUAGUGAAGAGUUUUUGCGUGAGUUCGGAAGUCUCAAGACGGAGAGUGAGGUGCUAAAGUUGCAGGCCCUUCUGAAGCCGAUGAUGUUGCGCCGUUUGAAGGAUGAUGUGGAGAAGUCUCUGGCCCCGAAGGAGGAAACGAUCGUAGAGGUCGAGCUGACAAACAUUCAGAAAAAGUACUACCGAGGCAUACUGGAGCAAAACUUCUCCUUCCUCAUGAAGGGUACAACGUCGGCAAACAUUCCGAACCUGAUGAACACGAUGAUGGAGUUGCGCAAAUGUUGCAUCCAUCCAUAUCUGCUCAAUGGUGCGGAAGAUCAGAUUCAGUACGAUUACCGGCAGCAGCACGGUGAGGAUGCGGAAUCAUAUUACAAAAAUCUGAUCGUUUCAUCCGGUAAGAUGGUGCUGAUCGAUAAGCUGCUGCCGAAGCUGCGCGCCAAUGGACACAGGGUGUUAAUUUUCAGCCAGAUGGUGCGUUGUCUGGACAUACUGGAGGAUUAUCUGAUGUACAAGAAGUAUCCGUUCGAACGAAUUGACGGACGCAUUCGUGGCAAUCUCCGACAGGCUGCCAUCGAUCGCUACUCGAAACCGGAUUCGGAUCGUUUUGUGUUUUUGCUUUGUACAAAAGCGGGUGGUUUGGGUAUUAAUUUAACCGCAGCCGACACGGUCAUCAUCUACGACAGUGACUGGAAUCCGCAGAAUGAUCUGCAAGCGCAGGCUCGUUGUCAUCGUAUUGGACAGCAAAAAAUGGUAAAGAUCUACCGGUUGUUGUGUCGCAACACGUACGAGCGGGAGAUGUUUGAUAAAGCUUCGCUCAAGCUCGGUCUGGAUAAAGCGGUCCUGCAGAGUAUGAACACGGGCCAAAACAAGGACGGUACACAGCGUCAGCUGUCGAAGAAGGAAAUUGAAGACCUGCUGAAGAAGGGUGCGUACGGUGCCGUGAUGGAUGACGAUGCAGGCGAUAAGUUCUGCGAGGAGGACAUCGAUUCGAUCCUGCUACGUCGUACGCAGGUCAUUACGAUGGAAAGUGAAAAGGGUUCAACUUUCUCGAAGGCAUCGUUUGCUGCUUCGGCAAAUCGUAGUGAUAUCAACAUAGACGAUCCGGACUUUUGGAACAAAUGGGCCAAAAAGGCGGAAAUUGAUCCAACCGCAUGCGAGAAGGACGAAACAGAAGAUUUGGUAAUUGCGGAACCGCGUCGUCGUACGCAAAUUAAGCGUUACGGGCACGAUGAUGGUGUGAUGGACAUUUCGGACGAAUCGUCCGGUGAACAGGGUAGCGAUGGAGAGGAGGGUGGUAUCGGGCUGAAAACUCGCAGCAAACGGACGCGCGGGGCUAAGGAGCGUAAGAAGCUACAGCAACAGAUGCAGCACGACGAUUAUGUGCCACGUGAUAGGGAAACGCUUGCAGUGCUUGGUGCGGACGAAGUUUCGUACGGCAAUUGGGCAAGGUCGGAGUGUUUCAAGGUUGAGAAGGGAUUGCUGUCGCAUGGUUGGGCUCGUUGGACGGAAAUUCUCGAACAGGGACAGUUCAAGCGUGGCUGGCGAGAGCAAGACGUGGAGGAUUGUGCUCGUGUGAUUCUGCUUUACUGCUUGGAGCGCUAUCAGGGCGAUGAGAAAAUCAAGAACUUCAUCUGGGACUUGAUUACGCCGAACGAAGGUGGCGAACAGCGCGAAAUAGCACGCAAUCACAGUGGAUUACACAAUUUGGUGCCUAGAGGACGCAAUGCGAAAGGACGUAAGUCAUCUUCAGCAUGUACGACACCGAAGCGUGAAUCGUCAAAUUCCACUGCUACGGGAAGCAAUGGUGGUGGCGGCUCGCCAGUAGUAUCGCAACCAGCUGCUGGAUCAACCACACCCGCCCCCCAAUGCAGUGGUACAGCCGACGCGAACGAAGAUGCAUCCUCCAACUCAUCCGGUACAAAGGCGGAAAAAUCAGCCAAAUCCGGCUCGGACACUGGCGGCACAACAACACCCGUAUCCGAUCCACACCACUGGAGCAAGGACGAAAAAUACGACACAGAGACGCUGCUCGACAUCAACUACAAGAAGCAUCUUACCAGACAUGCAAACAAAGUGUUGCUGCGCGUUCGUAUGUUGUACUACAUCAAGCACGAGGUGCUCGGCGAUUUGGUCAAUCAAAUCAACGAAGGUGCCAAUGCCAGCGAUCUCCCAAUUCGGCCACCGCCUACGCCCGAUCAGCUGCCGUGCUCAUGGUGGAAUCCAAAUUGUUGCGAUCGAAGUUUGUUGGUGGGAACGUACAAACAUGGCUGCGAAAACUACCGUGGGAUGCGGGCGGAUCCGAUGCUCUGCUUCCAGAGCCACUGCGGUCCCGGUGAUGGCACCAUCGAAGAGGCGACGAUUGUCAAAGAAAACGAUGAUGAUGCAAACUCCAAGCUGGGUGACAAUGAGGAAGACCCGGAGGAUGGUGUUCCAUCGGAAACCACCCGAUCGGCCUCGGUCGGUAUCGAGUCAAAGGAUGAUGAUGAAGAAUCCACAGUUGGAACGGCUAGUGCAGCACCGACACCCGCCCCAUCGGACGUGAAUCCCGAGCUGGCCUGGCCAUCGAUGCAGGAUCUAAACACUCGAUUACGGCGUGUCAUCACGUCGUACCAGCGCAACUACAAGAAGGAAGAGCUGAAACAGCAGCAAAAGGCGAAGCUACAGACGAUUGUACCCCCACCUGGCACGCCAAACCUUUCCGGCCAAACCUCUUCUUCACCUUCAACACCCUCGACAACGCCUGGUCCUAUGAUCAUCACGCCACCACAGCAACAGGGACAGCAAGGACAACUGACAGCGUUGCAGCAGCAACAACAGCAACAGAUCGCCGGUCAGAUUGUUGGUCCCGGUGGUUCGGCAAUGGUGGUUGGCUUAAACCAUCCUUCAGCGACGGGUGCUCUAGGUGGUGGCGCUGCCGGUGUAAAUGCCGGUGGUCUUGGACUAGGGUCCACCGGAGGUCCACAGGGUAAAGCAGGAGGUGUACAGCAACAACAGCCACUACCGUCAACUAGCGGUAACAGUGGUUCCGGCGGUCUGCAAGCACCUACGGCUGGUAUGCCGACAGCGGCUGACUUUAGUCUGAUGCUUAGCCUGGGCCUCGGACUGAAUCCGGCCGAUCCGAAUCAGCUGGCGAACAUAGAUCUUCAGAAACUAGCAAUGUAUUUGAAAAUGGAACGACGUGAAAAAAACGAACAGGUUAUGCGUGAACGCGAACGUGUGCGGUUGGAACAGAUACCGAAGAGAUGGACGCGUCGUGAGGAAAACGAAUUCAUUCGUGUCCUUACGGGUUAUGGUAUCGAUUUGCAAACCAACACGACCGUCCCUACUCCUGAUUGGAGUCGCUUCAAAGUGUUCGCCAAGUUGGAUAAGAAAACGGACGAAAAUUUGAGCGAUUUUUACAAGGUGUUCAUUGCAAUGUGCAAACGGCAGGCGGGCGUAAAGCUAAGCGAUGACGAAAAGGGCCUCGAAGGAUUGGUGGACGAUGUGACAGAAGAUCAUGCCAAGCUGAUCCUCGAUCGGUUGGAAUUGCUGUCGAAAGCACGCCAGAUAGUGAAACAUCCCAAGCUGGAGGAAAACAUUCGUCUGUGCGAAAAUAAUCUGGACACGCCGGACUGGUGGAUACCGGGACGUCACGAUCGGGAACUGCUACGAGCUGUCCUGAAGUAUGGUAUAUAUCGCUCGGAACAGUUGAUUCUGGCGGAUUCCGAAUUUCCCUUCUAUGAAGCAGCUAAGAAGUAUCUGCAGCAGCUUGAGAUGCAAAUUCAGCUGCAAAAUCAACAGUUACUAAAGAUGCAAGCGGAGGCUGCAGCUGCGGCCAAGGCUGAUGCAGUUGCUGCUAAUGCACCGGCAGUGGCUGUUGUGGCGGCUGAGAAGGCGGCAAAUGCUGAUUUGGCCGUCAAGCAGGAAAAGGAUGCCAUCGUUUCUGCUGCUGCUUCAAUGGAGGUUGAUGGAGAGAAGAAGACCGUUGUUUCGGAUGCUUUACCGAAGGUGGAGUUGGUGGUUGCACCUGCCUCACCCGUCAAGGUUGAGGCUGAAGAAGUCCCUGAAGCAGUUGAUUCUGCGAGUGUUAAACCGUUGGCGGAAACAUCUGCUGCAUCUGUUACAAGUCCUGAAAAGGAAACGUCGACAAUUGCAGAAAGUCCGAAGGCCGGGUCCGUAUUGCAGGAAAACUUGGAGCCGUCCAAAGAACAAAAGAUGGAUACCGAGACCGAAACUACCGGAAAAGAUUGUACACCCAAGGUGUCGGAAGCCGAAUCGGUAGAGAAGGACGUCGCGGUUGAUGCGGCAGUUGAAACGGCUCCUGAGAAGGAAACCGUCAACGAACUGGCUGCUCCAUCUGCUAGUUCUCCUGCCAAGGUGGAAAACGAUUCUGAAAUGAAGCAAGAUGCAAAGGUUGAUGAAGAAGCCGUUAAGGAACCACUCACAGUAGCUACCGAUUCUGUAGAUAAACCUCUUGAGGAGAAGAAAGCAGAUGAAACUAGUGCUGUGGAAACCGCCGAAAAGAAUGAGGAACAGGCUGAAAAGACCGACAACGACAUUCCGGUGGAAACUGAAAAGGAAUUAGCAGUAUCGGUCGAAGAAAACGUCAACGUUAAGCUACAGGAGGAAGCUGGUAUCACUGGUGACGAUGAGAAAAUGGACGUCGACGCUGUUGAUUCUAAGGACAAGGAAACAAAAGAAGUAUCGUCUAAGGAAGCUGAAACAAAGGAACCUGUUGUAGAAGAUGUCGCUGAGACGAAAAAUGAAGAAUUUGUUGAGACCAGCAACAAGGAUUCGGAAAAGGAAGAUCCGGAUUCUAAGGAGAAAGAAGUCGAAAUGAUGGAGACGACUGAAACUUCAGCUGAUGGUGGUGAUGGAUUGGGCAAGAAAGAAUCCGACACUGUUGCCGUGGUCCCGGUAAAAGAAGCUGUUGAAGCUAUGGAAGUUGAGGAACAGUCAACGGUGGUUGCUGAAACACAAGACGAGAAAACUGCCGAAAAGUCGCCAAACCCGGAAGCGCAAAAAGAAGAGGAGAACAUCAUUAAGCAAUCGGUAGACGAAUCAACACUAAUCGAACCAAGUUCCCCCGGUGGUGAUUCCAACAAAACGGAUGAUGAAAAGAAAUCUGAAGUUAUUGCCCCGGCACUGUCUCCGAAAUCAAAAGCGGAAGAAGAUUCGUCAAAGGUGGUAGAAGAUAGUAAGGGCAAGGAAGAGAGUGUUGUUGAGCCAGUGAAAGAAAACAGGACCGAGGUUGUUAGCGAAGCAAUGGAUGUGGUGAAGGAACCUACACAAGAAGAAACGGUCCUCGAAAAGGAAAAAGCAGUGGUAGAAGAAGCUGACAAGGUUACUGAUUCUCCUUCUAAGCCGGACACAAAGGACGUACCGACAGAAGCAGAAACGGUUGCUCGUUUAUCGCCGGUUAAGGAAAUGAAAGAUGACGAACCGAUCUCGGUUAACAGCGACCAAGAGAGGAAGGCAUCGGAAGUAGAAUCUGAGAAGGAAACAGCCAAGGAUUCUGUAGCUGAAACUGAAAAGACUACUGAAAAUAUCGCUGAAAAACCAGUUAAGCAAGAAGCAGAAGUAACAACUGACGCUGCUGUUGCAGAAAAGAGUAGCGAUGUUGUAGUGGUUGCCCCCGCGGCGGAUACCAAGACGGAAGAACCACCAAAACAACCUGUCGCUCGUUCGCCAUCACCAGACGUUAUCAUCGUGGAGGAAAAGAAACCGAUCGAAGUGAAAGCGAUCGUUAAUCUGACCGAUGAGGAACGGUGCUCGCAGCAAACCGCUGCCCUGAAGGCACGCUUCCCCGAUCUGGAGGUGUUCCAGCCGCUGAUGAAGCUGAAGCAGCUGGAUAACAGUCUUACGAAGGAGGAUUUGAAAAAUAUGAGCAAGUUCGCCAGUAUGAUCGAUACAUCGAUGAUCGUAAAAUGGUUCCGAGAUUUCGCACUGGAACGUCGCGUCGGUCACAUUAUUUACUGUGUUGAGCAUGGAGAAUGGCCGGUAGGUAAAUCGUAUUCAGCCUAUACGGGCUGUCUCGGCAUCGACCUGGACAUUCCACUGUACGAGACGAUCAAGCGCAUCAUCCCGGUAAACGAUGAUGUACGUCGGUCAGCAUCGAGCACACCGGAUGUAAUUACGAUCACUACUGAUCAUCAGAAUGCGAAACAGAUCAGCAAUCAGGCUGCGGCUAUCCAGCAGCAAUCUGGUGCCGCUGGGGUUGGUGGUAUUGGUUCGGCAGGCGGAAGCAUGAGUGCAGCAAGCAGUAGCGGUGGUGGGGUUCUCGGAGCGAACGCGGCAUCGUCCUCGGCGGCGAUGAAUCAUCAGUCGAUGACGGUGGCGGCGGCAGCACAUGCCGCUGCAGCUCAUGCGGCAGCGGCGGCUGCAGCUGCUGGCGUGACGGUACCGCCUGCAAGUAAGAAACGCAAACGCCACAUUGCUAUCGAUGUUGAAACCGAGCGAGCGAAAUUGCAUGCGCUGCUGAAUAAUACACAGAGCCCAGUACCAACUGGAAAAGCGCAGCCAUCGCACACAUCAACAUCGAACAGCGGUGCUGGCAGUGGCCACCAGUGGAAUGACGAUGACGUGCAGGAAGUGGUCAGCAGCAGAGCUAAUGCACGAGGCGGUGGAUCGACAAGUGCAAACUCGAACGUAUUACAACCACCGCCUGCGCAUCAGCACGGCCCACGGAACCAGAUGUCGUAUCCCAAACCACAACUCAUUCCCGGCACUUCCAGCACACUAACACCGAUCGAUCUGUCCUCGAGUUACAGCCUACCAAAGGUCAAUAUUGCGGAUAUGAUAAAAAGCAGCAGCGGCAUGGGCGGAGGUGGUAGCGGCGGCCCAAUGGAUCUCAGCGAGGUACAGGACUUUUCCAUCGGCAAAAACAAAAAAUCCUCCAAUAAUCAGCUACCUAGCGGUAUUAGCAUAACCAGCGCUAGCGGACCAGCAUCUAGCAUGAUGUUGGGUCAUCACCAUCAGCAGCAGCAUCAGCAAUCACCUUCGGCUGCGGUAGCCGCCGCUGCUGCUGCCGGUAAGGGUAAAUUGAACGAUAUGUUAUCAAAGCUGAUGAAGAAAAACAACGUUAGCGUACCGAUCGAAGAACCACCACUCGGCAAGGAAAAGAAGCGACGAAAGUUGGACGAAAUUGUGCUCGGUCUUUCGGCAGCGAAGGAGCACAAAACGAUUUUCGGCGAUCCGACACCACCGGGAGGAAGCUUCUCGGGUAGCUCGAUGAAGAAGCCGCAAAUACCACCGUCGGUUUCGGUAACACCAGCCAGUGCACCAACGUCAGCUAGUCAACAGCCGCCUCAGAAACCGUUCACCAUUACCGUGACGAGCGUUCCGGGCAAUCCGAAAGGCGGCAGUCAGGGAUCGUCCGCCGGCGUUGUUGGUGGUUCGUCGACGAGCAGUGGAAAUAGUGCGGCCGCGGCAGCAGCCAAUAUGCAGGCAGCGCUGCAAGGUAUGUCGGGGAUGGGUAGCGCCAUGUCGACAAAGGACAGCCUUAAUGCGCUGUUUGCUCAAGCAGCUCAGGUGGAGCAACAGUCGUUCCUGAAGCAGCAACAGAAAUUGAUUCAAUCGCUACCGGCAAAUUCGCCACAGCGUAAAGCGUACGAAGCGAUGUUUGCUGAAAUGAAACAGGCAGCGGAAUUGAGCUCAAAGCUUGGUCAGUACGGUAGUGCGCACGAUGCGAAGGUCAACAAAUGGCUCGCAGAACAAACGGCCGCUCUAACGGAGCAAGCGAUGGGCAUGGAUUAUUUGUCCCGGUCACGAUCGAGAGGUGGUUCGUCGUCGGCUCAAAAUUCACCUCAGGGAGGAUCGAGUUCGCGUUCGACACGAGGCUCCGCUAAUAGUCUGCAACAGCAACAACAGCAACAGCAGCAGCAGCAACAACAACAACACCAUCACCAACAACAACAGCAGCAACAACAUCAGCAACAACAGCAACAACAACAGCAAGCGGACAGCAAUCCAAUGGCUUUCAAUUGGAAGAAUCUAACCGGCGAUGAGUACGUUGCCGUUAUUAACAAAAUCAACGGCAAACGCUUGACGGGCAAUAAAGCACCUCAGCUAAAACGGCUCACACAAUGGCUAGCUGACAAUCCGGCGUACGAGAUCGACCCAAAGUGGGCCGAAUCGAUAACGCUUCCCGGUGGUCCAGCAACAAUUGCACCUGCCAAGAGUUCCGAAGGAGGAGGCUCAACAUCGAAGCAAAUGCGGGCUGCAGCAAACGCCGCCUCAAACCAGUACGGUUCUUCAAACGCUGGCGGUGGAGGUCAACAAUCCGCUUCCGGUUCCGGAUCAUCUUCAUCCUCGAAGAAACACUCCCAGAGUAGUAAUGCUGCUGCGGCAGCAGCUGCUGCAGCAGCCGCCAGCAUGCAAUUCCCUGGACUUGCCGGCCUCAACGCCAACCUGCUGUCAAGCAUUCCAGGUUUGGGUAGUUUCGAUCCAAAAAACAAUCCACUACUGAUGCCGUUCGGUGGAAUGCCGGGACUAGCCGGACUUGGUGGGCUUGGCAAUUUGGGCAACAUGAAUCUCUUCUCGAAUCUGGCCGGGCUUGGUGGUGGUGGACUGUCCGGUGCGGCCGGUGGUGGAAUGGACGCACAAAGUUUGGCGGCCAUGAUGGCUGCUGCUGGACUUGACCCUACGGCUGCACUUGGUGCGGCGGCGGCAGCAGCAGCAGCAGCCGCAGCAGCUGGUGGAACUCCUACUAAGGGAGGUAACACUGGAAGCAAAUCUCGCGGUAAAUCGUCCUCUUCACAACAAUCGUCCGCUGUCAAUGAUGGUGCUGGAACGUCUUCUUCCGGUUCCGGUUCAGGACAGCAAGGAAGCGGCGGAUCUUCGUCGAAGAAUCAGCAACAGCAGCAGCAACAGGCAGCCGCCGCGGCUGCUGCAGCAGCGGCCGCCAAUAGUCAGUUCCCGUUCUUCUUCCCCAAUCCGAGUUUGCUGUACACGCCGCUAGGGCUGGGAGGACUCAACCCGUACGGACUGCCUGGCGUGAGUGGUACAACUACAGGUACGUCCUCUUCAACAACUACCUCACGACAAUCCCAAUCGAACAAGCAGAAUUCGCGCGGUAUGGGAUCCGGAGGUGGUUCGUCUCAGUCGGCUUCUUCGCCGGGUGGUGGUAGCGGGAAGGGAGGCCGUGGUUCAUCCGGGUUAACCCAGCAACAGCAAGCAGCUGCAGUUGCCGCAGUACAUCAGCAAGCUGCCCGUGAAGCAGCGCAGCUACAACAACUUCUUCUACCACACGAUACUCAUCUGUUGGAAUCGCUCACAAGAUCCGCCGGACUGGACAUAUCAGCUGCCGCUGCCGCAGCGGCUGCAGCGGCCGCCGCAGGCCAGGGAAGCAGUGGAAAUAGUCGUGGCGGAGGCUCUUCAAGUGCAUCGGAAAAGCAGCGAGCACGUGAAAGUGCUGCAGCACAACAGGCCAACAAGCAAGCGCUAGAAAAGCUAGAACGCGAACGGCGCAAAAUCCUCGAAACGCUAACGGCUGGGGGAUUCCCGGCAGAUUUGGCAGCAAUGCAGGCGGCAUUUAGUGCGACCGGCAAGAUGCCUUCACAUUCGUCUUCGUCCAAGGGUGCUGGCAGUAGCAGCAGCAGUUCAGCUUCAGCACAGGCAGCCGCAGCGGCAGCAGCGAUGGCGGCCAUGUCAUCCAAAGACAUGCAGCUACCGAUACCGCCCGAAUUUAGCCAGGCAUUGUUUGCCGGCAUGGCUGCGCACGCACUCUCCGCGUCGGCUGGUGGAAAUAGCGGUGGUGGUGGUGGAGCAGGAGGCUCGAGUGGGAGUGGCCGAUCGUCAUCACCGUCGGCGGCUAAGAAAGCGCGCGAUCAUCAGCAGCAAGAUCUGAAGGAUGCGUUCGAGCAGUUGAGCAAGAAUCCGAUUGAGUUGCUUGCUCGCAGUCUUGGUGUUGGGCCAGCCAUUUCGCUCAUCCCGACGUCCUCAUCUUCCUCCCCGUCCACCUCGUCCGUGUCGGAAUCGAAGCGGGCGCGACAGGAAGCGGCACAGCUGCAACAUCACCUUGCCAAGCUUGACGCGAAAGCAUUGCUGAUGGGGCAAGAUGAGUUGAAAUCCUCAUCUCGUUCGAGCCGAUCUUCCAGUUCGGCAGUAGGCGGUGGAGGCUCUAGUGCGGAAUCGUCGGCAGCGGCACUGUUAGGAUUGGACAAGGUUACCUUAACACCGGUUGCUGCGGCUAGUAUUGCUGCUUCGCUUCCCUCACAAACGACCAUUUCUUUGGCACCGUCUCCACUCCCAGGAGGAGGAGGAGCAGGAUCAUCAUCCUCGUCGCUUAACCUCAGCUCAAAGAGUCCGGCUCUUUCGAGCUCGUCAUCCUCGUCGGAACAACGCGAACGAGAUCAUCAUCAUCGCGAACGGGAACGGGAACGGGAACGGGAACGCAGCGAACGUCACGAGCGACACGAGCGUGACCGAUUGGAGCGAUUAGAGCGUCGAGAGCGAGAUGAACGGGCGGUAGCGGCAGCUGCGGCAGCAAUGGCCGCCGAACGGUUAGAACGAUCCGCCGAACGAAGUUUACGCUCGUCGGUGGACAGUAGCAGCAUUGCGGCCGAUCUUAGCCGCGCGGCUGCUGCUGGACUAUCCGUUUCGCUCGCAACGCCACCAGGUGGUAGUGCCGGAUCAUCGGCAGGAUCUUCUGUCUCACUUGGCACAACACUGUCUCUCUCGGCACUGGCAGCCAGCGGAAGUCCUCAGAAUCUAUCCUCUACCUCCGCGACGAGCAGUGGUGCUGCCGCUAGCGUACCUCCUACAGGAGAAGGUGCAACAAGUGGUGGCGGCACGCCAAGUGGUGGUAGCGGAGGAGGAGGUGGUGGCGGUGGAGGCCACGAUAUGGAUCUGGAAGAUUUGAUCGCUCCCUCGAAGCUCUCGAAGUCGAGCGGCGGUGUACUGAACGACGAGGAAGUUGAUCCACAGAAGCAAAUCAUGCUGCUUAAGCAAAAGCAAAAGCUGCUACAGCAGGAACACCUCAAGAAGGUACACGAAGCCCAGGAAGCACAACGAUUGAUUGAGCAGCAACGUAUUUUGGCCUCCGCUGCUGCCGCUGCAGCAGCAGCUGCAGCAACGAAACACCACAACAGCGAUGAUCCAGCGGAUCAUACAACAUCAGCUGCUGGAAGUUCCUCCGGUAAGGAAGAGGAGGAACGUCACACGGUGAAGCGGCGCCGGGAAGAAAGUCACGAAAGGAUAGCAGAUGAGAAUGUGGAUAAGGAAGUACCGGAUCUGUCUCAAGACGAGCUCACAAAACGGACUCGAGAAGAAAGAUCACCUUCAAGCGCGAGUAAUAUGGCGGAUCACCAUCAUCAUCAUCAUCACUCUGAUGUAGCUUCAUUAGCAACUGCAGCAGGAUCGUCCUAUGAGGAUCAUGAUAUGAUGCUAAAAUCAACUGCAGGAACUUCCGAGUCCGAUCACGAGCUAGCCGGGUUGGGUGGAGGAGCAUCCUCCUCCCAUCACCAUCACGAUGAUGAUCGGCGUCGAACUUCACGUCGUCAUCAGUCGUCAUCCUCAUCCUCACACCACAACCAGCUGAUGGAUGGUAGUGGCGGCAUCUCGGGCGCGGAAGAUGAAGCAAACCGUUCAGAGUCGGAAAAAUCCCUCCCGGAAACAUCUUCGGCAAGGAAAUCAACCCGCUCGAGUACGGAUGCGGCCAAUUUGAGUGGCAGUGAGUUGACAGGGUCCUCAUUGGCGGCAGCUUCGUCUGCCAACACACCGUCCGGUGGGCGUAGAACGACACGCAGCAAACGGCCCCGUAGUGGGGAGGAUCUAGAGUCGGCGCUCGGUGUGCCGGAACGUAAGCGUGAGUUGCGUUCGAGCGCUGGACGACAAGCGGCGGCAGCUGCGGCACGAAUGGCAGCGGAAGCGAAAGCGGCCGCAGCGGCCGCAGCUGCAGCAGCGUUCUCGGACGGUAGUAGUACCGGGUCGUUAAACCUGUCCAAGGAUCAACAGCACCAGCAGCACGACUCCGAUAAGGACGAUCAACCGAUUUGACUAAAAAUGAAUAAAUGACGCUUAUAAAUGUA